AUGGAGGACUCCAAUAAGGGCUCUGCUGAGCGACGUGCUGCUUCUUCUGGUUCUGUGGUUGGUAGCGAUGACUGUAGCAGCGAAGAUCUCAAUAGCAAUGCCGACGCCGUGCCCGCCAACUCGGGCGCCUCCAGUAGCAUCAGCAGCAGCAUGUGCCUGGGGCAUUCUAAGGGGACAACUGAUGCAAUGCUGGCCUCAUGUUUAGAAGAGGAAGAGCGGGCUGCAGCAGUUGAUGCGUCUUCUGCGAGUGAAGCAGCUCCAGCUACAGCAUCAUCGAGAGACGGUGAUGAGAUGUCUGAGUUCUUUCCCUCCUUCACUCCCGGAAUGUGCCUACCGUCGCCGCCGUCAGAAACCGUUGAGGCUAGUGUACGUGCACUAGCUGCUGCAGCACACGAUGGCAGCACAACAGCAGCCGAAAUAGACCUGCCAGGGGCUGCCUCGUGGGGAUGCAAACUUCGAGGGUCUUCUCCUCAGGCAUUUGCUUCAUUCACAGCUAAUCAACCUGCCAGCAGUAGCAGCAACAGCAACCCGCUUCAGCAUGAGCACAACCAGAAACUCGAACAGCAGCGGCAGCAGCAGCUAGAACUGGAAACAAGUGUCAGUCAGCCGAACUCAGAGUUUGCUAAUAUGGAUGACGCCUACGCUCUGCAUAUGGAGCUGCGGCAGCAACAGAGCCUGCUGCAACAGGAGCAGAAGCGGUGGCAGGAGCAGUUGGACGCGCUGCAGCAAGAGAAGGAGGCGCUGCUGCGCUGCAUGCAGGAGCGGGAAAGAGUCUUUGCUACAGAGCGGCAACAGCAGGAAGAGGAGGAACAGCGCCUGCGGCAGCAACUUUCGGAGGCCAAACAGCAGCAAGAACAGCAGCAUGGAGCCCAUGCUGUGCUUCAGAAUGCCAUCCACAAGGCGGAAGCUGCGCAGCAGCAACUGCAACAUCAACUGCAACAUCAACUGCAACAGCUUGAGCAGGAGAAGGAGCGACAGCAGCAACAGAAGACGGAGCUGCAGCAGACGAGACAGCAGCAACAAGCCGAGCUGCAGCAGAAAUUGACUUCGUUGCAACAAGAGGCUGCAGAACAGCAGGAGCAGGCUGCGGAGAAGCAGACACAGCUACAGCAGCAGGUUGAGGAACAGGAACAGCAAAUCGAGGAGUUGAAGCAGCAGGUUGAGCAGCAGCAGCAGCAGCUUGAUCAGCAGCAUCAGCUGAUUGAGGCACAACAAACGCUAAUAGAAGACCAGAGGGAGCAGAUAUCGGCGCAACAGCAACAGCUCGAUGAGCUGCAACAGUUAGUAGAGACGCAAGAGAGCUAUGCUGCCCAAGUACACGCUCUCAAGCAGCAGUUGGAGCAGGAGCAGGAGCAGCAGCAACUGUUGCAGCACCAACUCCAGCAGCAACAGCAGCAGCAACAACAAUCACAAAUGCAGCAGCCGCAACAACAAUCGCAUGCAAGCCGUAUGGAAGCUGAGCUUCGCAGUCGUCUGGUGCAGCAGAAGGAACGCCUUCUCGACCAGCAGCAGCAAGAACAGCUGCAGCGACAGCAGGCCCUUGACGCUAAAGAGCGCGAGCUUCAGCUAAGGGAGAAACAGCUCAAGCAGCAGCAGCAGCUGCUGCUGCAGCGACAGAGAUAUUCCAGCGACGAUAAGGAUAUUGCGGAGUUGGUCGAUGACGAAGGAUUGCAACAGGUUCGGGGAACCCAACAGCGUUCACAGGAUUCGCUGCAAGAGCAGCAGCUGCAACAGCAGCAAAGGGAGCAGCAGCUGCGGCAGCAGCAGCUGCAGCAGCAACAGGAGGAGCUUAACAAACAGCGGGAUCAGCUGCAAAAGCAACAGCAAGAGCAGCAGCAAAGGGAGCAUCAGCUGCAGGAAACGCAGCAGCAACUGCAGCAGCAGCAGCAGCGGCACGAAGACGAGAUACACAAGCUAGAAGAGAGACUACAGUCUCUCCUAAGGGAACAGCAGCAACAACGGGGCCUGCAGCAAGAGCGUGAGCAGCUGCAACAAGAGAAGCAGCAGCUAGAGGAGCAGCGCGGGAAGCUGCAACAGCUCGACGCAGAGCUUACCCAGCAGCAGGAGCACUUAUCCAGAGAGCGCAUGCAGCUGCAGGGGGUUGCUGAGCAGCAGCAAGAGCACUUCCGGAUGCUGCAGCAACAGUUGCAACAGCAGCAGGAGCAGCAAGCGCUGUUACAACGGCAGCAAGAGCUGCAACAGGAGCAGCAGCAAGUGCUUAUUCAGAGAGAGCGGAAAGUGCUGCUCCAUAGGGAGCUGAGGAUGGUUGCGAGGAUGCAGCAAAAGCAGCAUAGCAGCGGGCACCCCAGCAGCCGUAGGAGCUGCAGCAGCAUCAGCAGCAGCGGCAGCUGCACCGAAACGCCGGAACACGACAGCCCUUGCGCUGAACCACCAACAUUCAUUAGGCGAAAGCUGGAAAGCUACAAGAAGCAGCAACUUCAACUCGUGCAGCAAAUGCAGCAGCAGCAGCAGCUUCUGGAGCAGCAGGAGGAGGUGCUCCAGCGUCAGCAACAACAGCUUUUGGAACUUCGGAACGAAAAGGCGCAGCUUCAAGAAAAGCUCCAGGGCCAAGCGCACCUCGAAACAGGCGUCGAGAAACGCGAACACCGGGGGCGGUCGGCCGAAUCCAGCAGCAGUAGCAGCAGCAGUAGUAGCAGCAGCAGCAAGCAGGAGUUGCUACAGCAAGUGCUGGCUCUGCAGCAUGAGGCCGCGAGUUUGGAGAAGAUUCAGCGGAGUUACGAAGCAGAAAAUAUGCAACUGACGCAGGCAAGGAGGGGAGCUGGGGAGGGGAGCUGGUCUGUCUUACGGUUAAAGGAGCAACAAGAACGGCAGCAGCUACAACAGCAGCAGCAGCAGCGCCUCGAGUUCCUCCUCGCUUCGAAGCAGGAUGAGCUACAGCAGCUGCAACAAAUACACAGGCAGCAGCGGCUGAAGCUGGAGGCUGCCGAGCACGACAACUCGCUGUUGCAUGAGGAACUGGAAAUGCGGUCACGGCUGGCUUCAGCAGCCCUUGCAGAGGCAGAACAACAGUUGCGGCAGCAGCAGCAGCAGCAGCAAGACAAGCAGCAGGAGAGCUCUUCACAAGCUAGUGCACAGCAAGCGACUCAGCAACAGCAGGAGCAUAGUGCAGCAGUGGCGAAGGAGCUGCAAGAUCUUCAUGAGCUCGUGAUUUGUGCGGAGGCCAAGGCAGCUGGGGAGCGAAUGCACCUGGAGGAAGAGUUGAGGCGUCAGCGGCAACACUUUGAAGGCCUCAUCUCUGCUAAAGAUGCAGAACUCCAAAAGCUGCUGCAGUCUAUGGGGCGAGGCGCUGCGGAGACUGAGGGCGGCGACGGAGACAUGAGCACCAGCAGCAGCAGGUCCUCCGCACUGCAGCAACAUGACGGCCUGCCGCGGUUGCGGGAGGCAAUCUCAGCAGCAGCACCAGAGCAGGCAGCAACAGCGGACGCCGAGGUCUCAGAGGAGCGGGAUGACAGGGAGGAGUUGUUGCAGAGGCUGAAGCAGCUGUCCUGCACUGCAGCAACAAAGGAACGGCUGUUGCAGGGCCGGAUAAAGUCGCUGGAGCAGCAGGUCGCAGCGCAGCGCGCCUACUAUCAAGCAAGGCUCAGACCUCUCAGUGGCAACUCCUCGUCCGGCAAAGCCCUGACCAGCACAAGCAGGAGCAGGAGUGACAGCAACAAUGCAGCGACGAGCAGCAGUAAAGGCAGAUCAGGCAGCAGCAAGCCACUGCUGCCGAUUGAAGGUCCCCUGUUCCCUUUGCUUCAUCGAGAGAACUGUGCCUUAGGCACUCUCUUUGCCUUCUGGCAGCUAUGCGAGCUAACCUUUUCAGAAUAUCUGCUGCAGGCGCAGAAUCAGCAGCAGGACCAGGAGCACCAGGAGCAGCAGCAGGAACAGCAGCUCAGGGCUCUUGUUUCUCUUGUCUUUCCUGCUGCAUUCCACGGGAGUCAGAGGGUUGGCUUCAAGGACUUUGAGGCAGCGCUGCAGCGGGUGAACUGCCAUGCGCGUCGAUCGGACAGCAUCGGCGCCUGGUUGCUGCUGUCCGGCGCCCACCAGCAGCAGCAGUUGCAACAGCUGCAAGGGGACCCGCUUCUGGAGCAGCGGAGAGAGGCCGCAGCGACCAAUGCCUACAUUGAUGGAGCUACCCUUCUCCGGCGGGCCAAGCAAACAGACCCAACUUUCCUCUUUUUCCACUACGCGUCGUUGCUAAAGCGGCUGCAGCAUCAGCAGGAUAAGAAGAGACGACUAAAGGAGACAGCUCAGCUGCUGCAGCAGCAGCUGCUCCAGGCGCAACAGCAGUUACAACAGUUUCAACAGCAAGCACCAGCUCAGCAACAGCAGCAGGCGUUGCAACAGCAGGUUCAGCUGCAGCAGCAGCAGGCGUUGCAAAACCAAGCAGCUUUUGCUGCUUCUGCACCUCUUCGUGUGCAGAAGCCGUGGCUAGAGGAAACCAUUGUGCCCACGAAUGCAAUGCGGCAGUUGGAGCAGCAGCAAGUCGUUGCAGCUCCCGCGUGGUCGCCCCGUCCAGACAUGUACAUCCAGCUGCUGCAGCAGGCAAAUUCCGCGCUGCAGCAGCAGCAGCAGCUUCUUCAGGAAAACUGCGCACUUCGGCAGCAGCUCGCCUCGUGCACCAGCAACCAGGCAGCAGUGCCGAGGGUAGCACGGCAACAGAAUGUUCAAGAAGCGCAGAAGCGCGUGCUGGCUCUGCAGCAGCUCUUAGCAGACCUGCUACAGCGUCUAAAGGAGAAGCAGAGAGUCCAGCAACAACAAGCAGGCAAUGCAGUGCAGCCGCUGCCGGACCACUGA